CUUUCUCUCCUCUCUUCGUCCCUUUGCUCGCUUUCUCAACGCCAGCUCGUUCACUUUCGCUGUCUCUACUUCCUCCUGCUCUUCUCUUUCUUCGCCACUCACUUUGACCGUUUAACCCAGCUGCUGUGUAGCUAUGGCCAUGACGCUCAGGAUGCUCGUGCUUACUUGGGGAAUCGCACUUCUUCCGACCCUCAUUCCGAGUGCUUACAGCGCUGCUAUCCCUAGAGGAGACCCGUCGAUCGACUUGGCUUCCGAUUCGACUGCAGCCGAGAGCGCGAUAAUUGCAUCUAUGCUGGCAAAUGCUUUCAGCCCUUCUGGAACUACAAACUCCAAUGCGGGAUCGCCCACCGCACUGAACGACGACGCCGCAUCAACUUCGUCUUCCUCGCCGUCUCAGCCCCUUGUUUCGUCGACGAGCCAGUCAUCGAGUUCUUCGUCAGGUUCUGACGGUGUCCAGAUCAUGCUGCAGCGCAGGCUGCCAUUGAUAGUGGAGGAUGUUCUCGGCACUCCUGAUGUCGGAAAUGUUUCAGACAUUUCGGCAUGGGUCUCUUCCCUCGGUGACGAUGGCAAAUGGCCCUCCUCCGAAGUUGACUACACUUCUGGCUGCGAUGGACAGAAAGCGAACUGGCCAGCUGAGCUCCACUGGGAGCGUGUAGCCCUCAUGGCUGCGGCAUGGCACGGCGGUGUUGAUGGAGGAGAUGAGUUUGUGAACAGCUCCUCGCUACUCGAUGCGACCUCGCGUGCCAUGGACUUUUGGUUCAAGAACGACUUCACCGUUGAGGACUGCCUCGGUGGAAAGUGCGAUUGCAGUAGCUCCGGCUUCUGGAACUCAAACUGGUUCUCAAACACCAUCGCUAUCCCGAAGCUGGUCGGAGAGACCUGCUUGCUCAUCGGCGCGGACAACCUCAGCGACUCGCAGAUGGGCAGCUGCACGCACAUACUCAACCGCUCCGCGGCGACUCUGCGCGACGGCGUCCCGGGUAUCGGUAAGAUGACCGGUGCCAACACGCUCGACAUUGCCAAGAUCAGUGUGGACUUGGGGCUCUUGACGAAGAACGAUAGCGCGAUCACGGACGCGUAUACGGCCGCACACAAGGAAGUAGUUGUACAAAACACCGCGAAGACCGAUGGUAUCCGGGCCGAUGGCAGCUUUGCUCAGCACGGCGGAAUCCUGUACAAUGGCAACUACGGGAAGGACUAUGCAAACGAUGUGCUUGCUCUGGAAAUCAUCGCUGGUGGCACGAAGCACUCCGCGCAGAGCUCCAACAGUGGCACUCAAUCUCAACAGGCGUUUGAGACCCUUCUCGACGGAGACCAAUGGAUGAUGUAUCGUAAUGCUAAGACUGGUGUCGUUCACUGGGACUUUAGCGUUCUGAACCGGAUGAUCAGCUUCCCGGUGGCUGAUGACCAAGCAACCGGCAGCAUCAACAUCAACGUCUCGCACAUCCAGCAGCUCGGAAGCGAAUGGAACUCUCCGACCCUCCAGGCCAUCGCAAGUAAUGUCGCCGCCCCUGGCGAUAACGCCAAUGUCGGGAACCUCACGGGGAACCGCAUGUUCUAUGCUAACGACUAUAUGGUCCAGCGUGGCAGCGGUUACGUCACGACACUUAAGAUGUUCUCGUCCAGGACUCUCAACACUGAGUGUAUCAAUGAUCAGAACCCUUUCGGUUUCCACCUGUCUGACGGAACCGUUUAUACGUACAUGGAGGGUACCGAGUACGGCGACAUCGCUGGCGCCUGGGAUUGGAACCUCAUCCCCGGCACUACGACCAAUUACGCCGCAACCAAACUGGACUGUGGCAGCACUCAGUUCACAUCCGGGGAGGCCUUCGUCGGCGGUGCGUCCGACGGCAAAGUCGGCGCAGCAGCGAUGCGCUACAAGAACCCAGCCACGGGCUCCCUCAGCUUCCAGAAGGCCUGGUUCUUCCUCGACGACGACGUCCAGCACGUCAUGGUCGCUGCCGCGAGCACGACGUCCGAUCAGGACCACCCCGUCAUCUCCGUGCUCGACCAGAAGCGGCUCAACGGCGCGGUCGUCGUCGACGGUCAGGAGGCCACGCGCUCGGGCAACUUCUCCGGCGCGGCCUCGCUCUGGCACGACAACGUCGGCUACACGUUCAACAAGCAGUCGCUCUCCGUCAACCUCGGCCAGCGCGAGGCAGACUGGCGGCCCAUCGGCAUCUCCAAGCUCGCCAACACCGCUGUCAACCUCUUCUCAGCGUGGCUCGUCCACGGCUCGGGCUCGGACCUCUCCGUGCCCGUUGCGUACACUGCCUACCCCGCCGUCAGCCAGGACGACUUUGCGGCGAAGAGCGCUCAGACGAGCCUGACGACGAUCCAGAACGACAAGAGCAUCUCCGCCGUCUUCGACGAGACGCACCAGACCGCCAUGUUCGUGUUCUGGGACAAGGACGGCGGCUCCGCCACAUUCACGCCUUCCGGAAAGGACGCGAUCACUGUCCAGAGCUCUGGUAACUCAGUGGUCAUGUACAAGUUGAACGAUGGCACGGUCACUGUCUCCGACCCGUCUCAAAGUCAAAAGACUUUGCACCUUUCGGUCACGACGGGUCGGGCGCAGGCACGCGCACUCGACGUGGACUUGCCACAAGGUGGUGAGGCGGGAAAGAGCGUUACUCAGACGCUUUGAUGAAGUGUGGGUGACUAGACUUCCUAGUCUUUGUCGGGACAAUUCACCUGUGAGGCAGCAUACAUUCGAUAUUCUCGUCGCUCAUUAGGGUGUUUCGACGCGCGUGUCUCCUUGUCUUACCGAUAAUUUUUUCGAUAUUUUUUGCAUUCAUCAUGGAUGGGAUAGAUGGUUGCAUAAGACAAGUGGACGGCCACAUGAGAGCACCAUGAUUGCGCGGUAGUAAACGACAUACGACGUACAACAACUUAAGAAAAUCAGAAGGCAGUGGGCUGCUCGAAGCUCUGCUGGAAGCUCUCCUGAGGUGGAUACGCGGGCUCUUCGGCAGCAGGGGCAGGUGCGGCAACGACGGCGGGUUCGCGCUGCUCGGACGUGGGCUCGGCCACAAUUUUGUCGAGAGGGGGCUCGAUAAUCUGAACGGAGUCGGGGAGGGGCUUGCGGGGACCGAGCUGACCCUCGGGAUCCCAGCCCUUCAUGAUCUUGACCUUGAUCCCAAGAACACCCUGACGGAGCAUGACGUGCCUAACGGCAUAGUCGACGAAGUCGAGGGCGGGCUGACCAGAGUGAAUCAUGAAACCGUCCGUGAACUUCAUGGACUUGGCACGGGCAGCGCGGAGCUUGCCAGACACGACAACCUCGCAACCCUUGGCACCGGACUCCAUGACGAAACGGAGGACACCAUAGCAAGCACGGCGGACAGCGAGACCACCAAGAAGCUUGUAGCGGAGGGACUCGCACUGAGCGAUGGCAGAGAGACCACGGUACUGGACCUUCUCAGCGUAGAGCUCGAGGGAGUUGUCGGGGAACUUGAACCGCUUCUGGACGAGCGCAGUGAGCUCGCGGAUGCGGCGACCCUUCUCACCCAGGACCUCCUGAGUAUGGGUAGCACGGAUGAUGAUCUCGGUGCGAGCGUGGGUCACACGGACAUCGCAACCGGAGUAACCCUCCUCAGAGAGCUCGCGGGUGAAGAAGUCGUUCAACUCGGCGCGGAAGACACCGUCAGCGACGAACUUGCGCUUCUUGCUGAUCUGGGUGGCCAUUUUGACGGUGUUUUGACUGGUGGGACUGCUUGACGGUGGACGCGCCGAGGAUGGCUCUUGAGGCGUUAAGGAC